UCGUGAAUUCAAAACGGCGCUAAAUACACGCACAAACGGUGUAAAAACUGUCAAGACAGAUAUCCGGAGCCUCAAAUCUCCGACACAAAGAAAAUAGGAAAUAAGAAAGAAGCAAUUCUGCAAUGGAACCCAUGGCUUUGGGAUCACCCGUCGGCAGUCCGGUACAGACUCCAGGCACACCGGGAAGUAAUUCUGCAUACCUACCUGGUUUUCUGCUUGGUGAAUCCACACCAGCAAGAUUAGGAAUGAUACCAGAAUCACCGAGGUACUCCAGUGCGGGUAGCAACAGUGGGAGCAUGCAAUCCCCGUUAUCAAACUUUGGGACCCCGGAUUAUCGUCACAACCGUCAAAAAGCAAUGUUCGCAAACACAACGAGCCCAAGCGGUGGUCAAAUGAAUUUGGAUAGUCACACAGGAGGUCCUCCGACUCGAGGACUAUUUGACACAUUAGAAGUAACUCAAAGUCCUUCGAGUUACGGAUCUCCAAACAACCGUAGCAUUGUCAAUCCCCACAAACAAUCGUCGCGAUUGUUAUCAAACACUACCAAUGAUUCUUUUUUUUUUGACAACAUAGCGAAUCUAACAAGCAGUGAAACGCCUUCGCAGGGUCUCCUUCAAUGGGUUACAGUUUUUGGUUUUCCUCCAAACACCAUAAAUACAGUGCUCUCGCACAUAUCAAACAGAGUUCGCAUAGUGGACAAACACCCGGCCCCACAUCCUCAGAGCAAUUGGAUUCAUUUGAAAUGCGCCACUGAACAAGAAGCCCAAAGAGCUUUAACUUGCAACGGCAAUAUCGUAUCUGGUCCUAUCAUGAUCGGUGUCACACCCUGUAUGGACGAAGGUGUUAUUCUUACACCGGACAAAGAAAAUCGUGGUAAAUUCAAUGGGAGCAUGAGAAUUGUUGCGUCUCCAGGAAAAUCCAAUGACCCUACAAGUCUGCUAAAAUCUGGUCAUAAUCUAAGGUCACCCAUAAAAAUUCAAAAUGCUCGACCCUUGGCAACUGGCUAUAAUCAACAUCUCAGCCCUCAAGCAGUUCGCUCUCCUGAAAGUGUUCCUCAGAGAUCUACCGGAUUAGUUUCUAAGGCUAUGGAAUACGUUUUUGGUUGGUGAGACUGAGAACUCUCAUGGAUUUAUGAUCAAUUCAUUUCUCCGAACAUCGGGAACUUUAUUUCCCAAAUAAAAGACAGUUGCCAAUCUCCUAAUGGAUGGAAAGCAGAUACGGACAUCUCGCGUUACUCCAAAUACUGAACGCCUUUUUUAUAUAGUUUUUUUGAAAUUCCAUAUCAUCAUUUUUUACUAAAGUUAUCUGCGUAUCUGUAAUUGUUUUCGUAUAUUGUGCACUCGAUUAUGUUCGGAAAUAAAUCCUGUUAAUAAAUA